AUGGACAGCAGCAGAAAGAAGUUGACAUUCAAGUGGUUAAAAACUGUAGUCACCUCACCCACACAUCUUCAGAGGAGGGAUGCUGGAUCAGACACACCCUCACGCUGGAAUAUGUCACCAAAUGAAUAUUCAGACACUCUGCCCCUCAGUGACUCUCCAGGACCUGAGGGCCUGGGAGCUCUAAGUCUGGACACUCCGAAGAGGAAAGCAGAGGUUCUUGGUGAAAGCACACCCUCCAUAGGCAAAGUUAAGCUGAGGAAGCUUUCCAAGAAAAAUUUUGAGACAUUCAUAACUUCAAAGGAAAAACCUAUGGACAACUCACCCAAGCAGCUGGAAUCCACAGAGAGCCAGCAAGUAUCACCACCUCUGUCUCAUUCUUUCAUCUUGAAAAAGAAAGAUAGGACGCCAGAGGAGGGAUCAAAGGCUAUCUACAGGAAAGCAGUGAUGGCUGCCCUUGGCAGCACAAAUGCAGGAUGCAGCACUUCUAACAUCCUCAGGACUGACACUAACAGCCCAUCUUUGCAACCUGUAUCGUCGCCUGUGAUGACUGAAGUGCACAGUCAAACAUCACUUGACAGAACUGUCAUAAAUAUUAACCCCUCCUCGGUCAAACCUGAGUAUACAUCCAGAGACAACAGGACUGUCCAGGAAGACGAAUGGUCCCACCCACAGGUGUUUGAGGACACACAAGCCCGAGAUGACAGCUCUGUGCCAAAAACAGACAGAAGGAGAAGAUUGUCCCUGGGGGCAAAACCUGUGUGGACCAGUUACCCCUACAAUCAGGUCAAUCAGGUUGGUUUCAUAGACACACACUGCCAUAUAGACAUGCUCUAUGGAAAACUUGGCUUCCGCGGGACAUUCAGCAGUUUUCGACGGCGGUACCAGAGCAGCUUUCCGUCAGAGUUUCGAGGCUGUAUUGCAGACUUCUGCAACCCAGGGAUCAUGGUGAAGGAGGCCCUGUGGGAAGGUUUGCUUACUGAAGACAUGGUAUGGGGGGCAUUCGGGUGCCACCCCCACUUUGCCAAAGAUUACUCAAGUGUCCAUGAACGCAACAUACUGAUGGCCAUGCGACAUCCAAAAGCUGUGGCAUUUGGUGAGAUGGGGCUGGACUACUCGCACAAAAACUCAACCGACACCUCCAGGCAAAAAGAGGUGUUUGAGCGUCAGCUGCGUUUGGCAGUGGCCAUGCAGAAGCCUCUGGUGAUCCAUUGUAGGGACGCAGAUGAUGACCUACUGACGAUCAUGAAGAAGUGUAUUCCUAGGGAUUACAAAAUUCACAGGCACUGUUUCACAAACAGUUAUCCAGUGAUUGAGCCGUUCCUGACAGAGUUCCCCAACUUGUAUGUGGGCUUCACUGCCUUGAUCACCUACUCCAGAGCCACCGAAGCCCGAGAUGCUGUUCGCCAGAUCCCUCUUAACCGCAUUGUGUUGGAGACAGAUGCACCUUAUUUCCUGCCAACACAGGUGAGUAAAGAUGUCUGCCGGUUUUCACAUCCUGGAAUGGGCAUCCAUACUCUGCAGGAGCUGAGCCUGCUGAAGGGAGAAGAUAUGGCCACAGUCCUCGCCACCGUCCGAAACAACACCACUCAGCUCUACGGAAUAUGA